AUGGCUGGCAUCUUCCAGUCCUUUCGCACAUCGGCCAUGCCGAAGCGACUCCUCCGAUAUGCGAUGGCCCGUUUUGAUAUCUUCGAGGACGAUGCUCUCGAUCUCGAGAAUCUCGACCUAGGCUUUGGCCUCCGCAACACCCUCGAGUUUAAAGAUGUGGGCCUCAAGGUAGACAAACUUACUAAGCAGCUCGCCCUCCCGCCUGAAUAUCGUAUUAAGCAGGCAGCGGUAUCUCGCCUUCAGGUCACUGUGCCUCUCGACCUCUACUCCAGCUCCAUCGAGCUGACUGCCGUCGGCGUCCGUAUCUGCCUCGAGAUCUCAUCUGUCGAUAUCCAGAAGAAACCUGCUUCUGAGAAGGAGGAACAGAGGAAGAAGAAGAAGAAGCAAGAGGAGGAGGAGGAGGAGGAGGGGACUGCUGCUCCAGACCUGGUUCCCACAGCAGCUGAUCUGGCUCAGUCAUUUCUAGACACCCAGCCCGUCCAGGAGAAAAAGGCUCUGGAGGACGCGCUCGCUGCCGAAAGACACGACUUGGCUGCUUCGGUCGUCUCGAGCGAGGAUGGUAGCGAGGAUGACGCUACGUUUGGAACUGGCCAAGGCCUCUCUCUGCCUGUUUUCCUGACCGACUUCCUGCAGGGUGUCGCCGACCGCACCCGUAUCACCAUCCGGGACGUCGCAUUCCACCUUGAUGUUGAGGUGCCCGUGGAGCCUAAGAGCCUCGAGACAGAACCAGUCUCUCUCCAGCUUUGCCUUGAUGAGCUGCACGUGGAGGGCCUUACGAAGCAGGUUAGGGACGACGAAAGCUCCAAGAUCGUGCCCAAGGAGGGCAAGCGUCAUAUCCUUCUCAGCGAUAUACGCGCUUCCCUUGUCUCGCAGGCCGGUGCCUUCUCAAGCUUUGUAAGGUCGCCGUCUACCACAUCCGCGGCAUCGCAAGCUUCUGUGGCGGCGGGACUCGACUCGCCGCAGUCAGCGGCACCAGGAUUAGUCCCAGAUCUCCACAGCCCGCAGACCGAGGCGGAGCCUGACGAUCGUGCCCACAGCCCACGGCUCUUAGAUGACAGUGAGGAAGCACUCCAGAUACCGUAUGAGAUAGAAGAAUGGGGAGGCUCCGGAGAUGCAGAGCAGCUGGAAGAAGAACCAGCUUCGUCUCUGUCCACGCCUAGGGCAUCUAUCUAUCAUGACUUCUCUGGCAAUACUGGUCACCAGCCCGGCCUAUCCCCACCUGGAGGCGACGACGUUCCUGAAGGGCCCACGGCGUCGGCAACACUGCAAACAGACCGUGACAAUGAUGUACUCGCAGGUUCAACGUCGUCUGAUUCUGCAAGUGAUGACUCUGGCGCCCAAGCCUCUGAGGAUCUCGUUCAAUCGCAUUACUUCAGUCACGAGGAGGCGGAGAGCAUGUACAUGACGGAUCUAUGCCAGGAGGCUCUUCCUCCUAAACCAGGAACUCCUAGUCUGGUCCAGAAGGCUGUGGCGAGUGAAGAGCAGAUCGCAGACCCGCAAAAAGGCCCGGUCGUCCCGAUCGGAGUCACUCCCAGUCUUAGCGAGGAAGUACGAGAAGUUCUGUGCAUGGACUCGAUCUCGGUCUAUGUUCCGACGGGUCACCAGCAUCUUCACGUUUCGAGUGAGGCGAGGACAGGAAAUUUGGCAGAAUCAGCCUUUCAGAAUGUCCCAGGAGCCUUUUCCAUGCAUUCGUCCGUAUCACAGACGCCAACUCACUUCAAAAGCCAUGCACAGGCUGUGGAAGAUAGUGCGAGGGACGAUGCCGUCGAGGUACAUGUCGCGCCUAUAUCAGUUCAGUUCGACGCUUCCAUUGGCCUCUUACUGGCAAUGGUAGCAUGCAGAUUACUCGAGGUCUCAAAGAGAUCGCCAAAGGCUCCUGACCAAGCUGGGAGCCCUGCUGCGCAACAACCAGCUGUCUUCUCGAUGCCUGACUUGAGAUUUUUUGUGCAGAAGAUUUCCGUGUCUUUCAUGGACAAGAUAUCCGGCCUUGCGGACACAGGAGCAGCAAAACAAGGUCCAGGCACAGAUUCUAGCUCGGAGACGCUGCUGAGAGCUGAAUUUGGGGAUCUGCGGGCCAUCAUGUCCGAGUCUCCUUCUUCAAAGGAAGCUGGCCUCACUCUGGGAGACUUCCACUUCGGCUACCCUGAUAGUGAUAUCCUCAGCUUCGACCGAGACGCGCAGAUGUACAUGUCUACGAGGGACAAAUUUCCCGAUCCUGGGGUCGAUAUCUCAGUGAAGAUGACGACAAACGCAGAGGGCAGCCGAGGGAUCGUCAAUACUCUCCCACUUCGAGUUCACAUCGAUCUCCAGCGCCUAGACGAGACGCUGAACUGGUUCGGUGGCCUGAGCAGCGUUUUGCAGAUGGGUGCCUCGAUGACCUCGAGUGGUCCACGCCCACAGAGAAAGCCCACGAUCAAGCCCAGCAAGCCGAGGGGAGUACGUUUCGACAUCCCGUCGCAGCCGGAGAGUGCCGACCCGGGACCUGGGGCCAAAUGGGACGUCCGAAUUGGUGGUCUGAGCUUUGACCUGGUGGGGAGAACAUGCAGCAUGCUCCUUCGAGCCAGUGCUGUAAAGGCCUCCAAUCGAGGCACUGCACUCCGUGUUCAUAUCAGCAAGAUUCACGCAUCGGGACCCCACAACAAGAAAUCCUCCGGUGAACCGCGGGUCAACAUUACUGUGACGGGUUCUACCCUCGAGUUUCUGACAUCACCGCGCGACGAGGACUUGGAUCGACUUCUUGGGCUGAUCAUUCCUUCCAAAGACCAAUACGACGAUGGAGAUGAUGAGAUUAUGGUGGACACUCUGCUACGACAACGACGAAAAGGGUCAGUGGUGGCGCUCACCUUGGAUGACGUGCAAGUACGGGCUGGUGAGCUCCACCAGCUCGAUGCUGUUUCUGCUCUCGGGGAGGAGAUUGCGCGGCUUGGGGCUGUAACCAAAUAUCUCCCCGAGGAUGAUCGCCCUGGCCUGCUGACUCUGGGAGUCAUCUACAAUAUAGAAGCUUCUGUGGAUGUCGGGGGCAGGUUCGGUAUGGUGAGUGCGCACAUGAAAGACCUCGAGCUGGCUCAUAUCACUUUCCCGUCCCUGGCCGCGUUCAGUAUCGGAUCCAUCGAGGCCAGCAGGAACAACAUCGAGGAGCUCGUCGGAUCGGCCAAAGACCCUACCCAGGAACUCGCCGGGCGGUCACCCGUUCUCAUGGUGCGAAUGAUUGGAGACCAAAUGGAACCUGUCAUCAGGGUCAGGAUGAGGAAUCUCAUCUUUGAAUACCGUGUUCCGACCGUCAUGGAUCUUUUGGGACUGUCCUCCGAGACGACGCCGCAAGAAUUCGAUGCCACGUUGGCGGCUUCUGUUGCGAAUCUCGGUGAGAGGGCCCACCAUGCGCUAAUAGGGAGUGAACUGGCACCGCGGCAGAGUCUACCGACACCUCAGUCUGAAACGACGAAGCCCACAGUCUUCAAUGUGGCCUUUCGCGACUGUCUAUUGGGCCUCAAUCCACUGGGCUUGACAUCCAAACUUGCGAUUUUGCUUAUCGAGACCAGCGUGGAGGCCAGUAUGCCAGCUGAUGGCGAUGUGUCCGUCGUGGCAAACCUGAAGAAGGCUGCGAUUCUCCUGAUCGACGAUGUCUCGUUGCUCGACGCUCCUCCGAGACCGGGGCCGUCUCGACACCGAGGCUCAGACGCUCAAAGGCAGAAAGACAUGCUAUCGGCCCUGUGCUCCAAGGGUUACGUGAAUAUCUGCCAGAUCUCUUCUGCGAGGGCCACUGUCCAGGUCACAAAUGACGCAGAUGGCGAGAAGCAUAUCGAUGUCGAGCUCAGAGACGACCUGUUGGUGCUGGAGACUUGCGCAGAUUCUACCCACACCUUGAUAAUUUUAGCAGGCGCACUGAAACCACCGACUCCUCCGAGUAGGGAGAUUAAGUUCAAGACUGAGGUGAUUCCGAUGCAAGACAUGCUGGCUUCUGUUACAGCUGAUGCUUUCGGAAGGGCGGAGGGCAAUUACGACUUUGAUGACGACUUCACCAUGGCGCAAGAACUUGACGGAGGGGACGAGCUGUCCGAGGUUUCCGAAAACCUCUUCGAUGCGACGUCGUCCUCUAUGUUCUCGAAUCAGACCACAAAACAAGGCUCAAAGACCGAAGAGCCAGAGUUUGGUAUUCAUUCUGAGAUCGAGGUUCACGAGAACUUCUUCGCGAUGGAUCCACGGUCACAGGGGAAGGGCCACCGCUGGAAUUCCGCCAGAAACACAUACGACGAAGUACAAGAAGAAAAGAUCCGCAAAAGCCCCCUCAAGGCACGCGUGCGGGAUGUACACGUUAUAUGGAACUUAUUCGACGGCUAUGACUGGCAGCACACCCGGGAAUCGAUAACGAAAACCGUCGAGGAGGUCGAAAACCAGGCCUUCGAACGGCGGGCUCGGUCUGGGCGAAGGUCUUUGGAAGAUCCAGACUUUGACGACGACGAUGUUGUGGGAGAUUGUCUGUUCAAUUCCAUCUACGUCAGCAUUCCGGCCAACCACGAUCCUCGAGAGCUUGUUGGUGGCAUCAACCAUCAGUUAGAUGAUACCGAGUCGAUAGCGGCGACAACGUUGACCACGGCGACAACGCGCGCAGGUGUCGGUCAGUUCCAAUCGAGAGCCAAGAAACUGCGCCUCGGCAGGAGCCGACGGCACAAGAUCACAUUCGAGCUGGCGGGUGUCAAUGUCGAUCUCGUCCAGUAUCCUCCAGGCUCCGGCGAGACGGAUACUUCCAUCGACGUGCGUGUCCACAGUCUGGACGUCUUUGACCAUGUCCCUACCUCUACCUGGAAGAAGUUUGCUACGUAUAAUCUGGAUGCUGGCGAACGCGAGAUCGAUACAAGCAUGGUGCAUAUUGAACUGCUGCUGGUCAAACCGGUGCCCGACCUGGCAGCUAUUGAACAUGUUCUCAAAGUCACCGUUCUCCCCUUGCGCCUGCAUGUUGACCAGGACGCGCUCGAUUUCAUCACGCGGUUUUUCCAGUUCAAGGAUGAAUCGCAGGCCCCUGCGCAUGCCUCCCCAAGUGACGAGGCCUUUAUACAGCGUGCUGAGGUUAUGGAUAUCCCAGUCGUGCUGGAUUUUAAGCCUAAAAGGGUGGACUACGCUGGACUACGGGGCGGGCGUUCUUCCGAGUUCAUGAAUUUUGUGAUACUUGAGAGCGCACGUCUGACGCUGAAACACGUGAUCCUGUAUGGCGUGCCGGGCUGGGAGCGUCUGGGCAACACCCUCAACGACACCUGGACGCCAAAUGUGAAAGAGGAGCAACUCGCUGGCGUGCUGGCCGGCGUGGCUCCUGUGCGGCCUUUGGUGAAUGUUGGGAGCGGCUUCCGCGAUCUCAUUGAGAUCCCCAUCAAGGAAUACAAGAAGGACGGUCGGAUUGUACGAAGCAUCGGGAAAGGCGCUGUUGCUUUUGCGCGAACAACGGGCACUGAAAUUGUCAAGCUGGGAGCCAAAGUUGCUGUCGGCACGCAAUACGUCCUGCAGGGUGCGGAAGGUAUGUUGACUAAUAAUCCGGCGGAGGGCAGCAGCGCGGCCAUGCGAGAGUACCAAUCGGCCGUGGCGGGCUGGGAAGAAGAGGAUGACGCAGAGCCAGAAGAGAAGAAGCAGAUCUCUCUGUAUGCAGACCAACCUACAGGGGUCAUACAGGGGCUUCGACACGCAUACAGCAGUCUUGCCCGAGACUUGAACGUCGCCAGAGAUGCCAUCAUUGCAGUCCCGGCAGAGGUGAUGGAGAGCCAGAAUGCACACGGGGCGGCAAGAGCCGUGAUGCGGAGAGCACCUACAAUCAUCUUCCGGCCUGCCAUUGGAGCUACCCGAGCUGUUGGACAGGCGCUCAUGGGAGCGACCAAUGCUAUGGACCCAGAGAACCUCAGAAGGGUGGACGAUUCACAUAGAAAUACAAAUCAGGUCCUGGAAGAUGACGACAUGCCGGAGACACUCUCGAGUGACAGACAGAGCAUCAUGACGAGAAAUGAAGGAUACGAACAGUUAUUGAAGACGAGGCCGCAUCAUGGAAGUCGGGACAUUGCGCCAAGAGCAAGAAUCCGCUGA